AUGGUCUUCCCCGACCGACUGAUUUACCCGCUACCCAAGCGUCGCCUUCGGGAACGCCUGUCUCCCAAUGUUGCCGACUCUAUUCAGUUUCCGCCGGCUCACGUUUCGGGGUCUCCGUUCUUCUACUACCCAUACAGCUUGAAGGACGACGUGCCUGCGGCCUUGGAGAGGGCAAACGUGCUCAAUCAUCGCAGAACGGCCACCACACCUCCCGGCACUGCUCUAUACCCAGAUGCAUCAAACUCCCUUCAAGUACGCCGAGACAGUGACGGAGAUGGGCCGCUGAACUCCUCCCGCGUUGUUCGACUCGUGAACCGCAUAUCGCGGCACCAACCCACCCUCAUACCCUCCCCACCGGACAGCCAACAGGCGGCGCCGUCGGCUGCGUCAUCCGUCGACGGCUACGACUCGUUCGAGAACACCAACAACAAGAAGAAGAGAAAGAUUCCCACUGCUGGCGAUGCUUCGCAUGCUGGGAGUUACACGUCAACCGAUAUCCACUCGGUGUCGUCAGGGCCUUUAUCUACAACCACAAACGAUGAUACCUUGAGUGGGGGCUCUCUGUCCAGUGCCUAUUCGGGCUCCGCCAGUUUCGUAGCAGCAGCUCCCGGUAUAUCUGGGCCGGGGAGGGGACGCUAUGGCCGGAACCGGAACGGAAGAAAACCCCUCCGACCGUUGCCAGAGGCUGGGAGCAAUUGGUCGGGCAGAAAUGGGAAAUCACAGCCCCCAUGGCCAACACCGUUGGAAGCCGACCGAAUGCCGACCCAUAGCACAAGCACAGGCAUUAUAUCGAAUGCCAUUGCCAACGCAGAAAAACAAGCGUCACGUGAACAAGAGAAUACCACUCAUGUUCGGGAACAGCCUUCGGUGAUGUCGAGUCCGGCAUCGGCUCAAUUCACCUUUACAUGCACGUCACAAGUACCUGGCAACCUCAUGUGGCCUGGAUCCGACCCUAAGAUCCCAACCGGAUCAUCACAGUGGCAACAGGGAAGACUUCGUGGCGGCCAUGGGCAGCCGGGGAGUGAAGGCGGCCGCGACAAAAGCUUGGAUAGGUCCGACGAACCGGACGCGGCGGGCAGGUCUCUGAGAGGAUCGGAUGGCAGCGAAGCGAAGCUAUCGGAAAAGGCCGCCUUGAAGAAGCUCGACAGAGAGCUUGCUAAGCAGGCCAGGGAGCGGAAGCGCAUCCAGCAGCGGCAGAACGCGGUCACUUCGCCGUCAAGCGAGUUCUACAUUUGCCCGUUUUGCGAAUAUGAGAGCUUUUACAAGAAGAAGCCAAAGAGCUUUAUCCGCUCGUUUGAGCUGAGGGAACGAAAAAAGCGAGAGCAGGCUGAAGAGAGGCAGCGGUUGCUGGACAAGGCCAAGGCCCGCGGCCGCAAGGGCAAGAAAGCUGCAAGGGCAGCGACAUCUUCCAAAACGGGGAGUUCGACAGACAGCCAGGCGCAGGGGGGCCGAGUCAGCGACGAGCUGCCAGACGACGUCCCCAAUGGCGAAGGCUUCUAUGAAAUCGAUGACGAUGGCGGCGAAGAAGAUGUAUACGGUGGCGUCCUCGACAGCUUAUUGCCAGUGCUAGAUGGGGGUGGCACGACGAAUUCGAAAAAACUAUCUGGAGGAUGCACGCUCCGGCUGCAGGCUAUACAUAUACCGGACCAUUACUGCAAACCAUUCGUCAGCUAG